UCCAGUGAGUGUUAUUUACCAUCAUUAUCUCUCAUUCAAACCAAAAUGGAAGUUGACAAAAGUCCACCCUUUUAAACUGGAAAUCAGUUUAUAAUUUAUUACUUUAAAUUAACCGUAUGAACGUUCGGAAGCCAUUUAUAGCCAGUCCACAGCAGCAGAUAACAUUUUUUGUUAGUCAUUACAGUUUACAGUAUCAAGUUUACUAAGUUACAGAGCAAACUGCUUCCCCCAUGAGACUGAAUUUCAGUGUAAAAGAUCGUUUAAAUACUGACCGCGUUUCUCACAUUGUGCACAACUCGGUUCCUUUCUGUGUUUUUGGGUGUUCACCGGUAGUUCCACCUUGACACCGGUGUCCCCGCCCCAAUCGGUGUGGCCCCAGCUGUCUUUAUCAGCGGCCCUCCGGGCAGCAUGGCGCCUCUCUGCUCCAGGCCUCCGCCGACCACCGUGAUAAGUAGCUGCAGCGGCCCGGCACAGGAACUCUGUCUCCGGCUGUGACCAUGGCCAGGACUGGGUUCUGCGACUCCAAGCCUCUGCUGGACUUACACAAGAAGGUGGGCGUUAGCUCGGCGGAUGAGAGACGAGCCCCAUUAAGAGCCUGGGCGAAUGCCUGCGGGCCUGUAGAUCGCUGGCAGGCUGUGGAAGUAGAGGAGCCCAGGAUGGACCAGGUCAAAAUGGAACCAGAAUGCAGAUGGGAAAGGAGACUUACAACCAGUGAAAGCAUCAUCAUGGGGUUCCACGAAGACAGUGGGACAUGCUCAGCAGAUGGGUGUGUGGAAGAGCCUGUGCUGCUUUACCCUCAUGGGCUGCAGGGUCUUCACAGCUUACAGGCGCUAGUUCCCAGCUUGCUGCGACAUGAAGUGGAGAUGGCACUGGAGAAACUGGGGCUCACAUUGGACCGGACAUACGCCUGGGAAAUGUUCUUAGACAUGAUGAGAAGUCAAACUCGGAACUCUUUUCCCAACGCUGACCUCCCCCGGCAUUUCACUGAUGCCACUCGAGCUAUCCUGGUAGACUGGAUCAUUCAAGUUCAUGAGAUGAUGAAUUUCCAAGAAGAGACUCUCUACCUGGCCGUACACCUCCUCAACUGCUCCCUGCGACAGAUCAAAGUGACCACAGCCAACCUCCAGCUCAUCGGCAUGGUUUGCCUCUUCCUUGCAGCGAAGAAGGAAGAGACUCUCCUCCCUGAGGUGUCUGGACUCUGCUACUUGAUGGACCACACCUACACUAAGCAUCAGCUACUGCGGAUGGAGCGAAAAGUCCUCUGUGGGCUCAAGUUUGAUCUGUCCUACUGUCCUCCACUGCAUUUUCUCCUUCUCUUUGCCUCCAUCGCUCGUUGUAGCGCUAUGGUGGUGUGGAUGGCUCGUUAUCUGCUGGAGCUGUCUCUUCUGGAGGGCCAGUGUGUGGUGUUUGUGCCUGCACAGCUGGCUGGAGCUGCCCUCUGCUUGGCUCGCCAGGUCCUGCAGGAACCUCCGACACCAGAGGGGGAGGCUGCCUGGUGUCUGGCCUCCAGCAUCCAUGCCGGCAGUGAAACCAUUCUACUGAGGGUGAUGCAUGUUCUAGCUAGUGCUGCAGCCAAAGCCCACACUCGGGAGACCUGUGCUACUUUCAUUAAAUUCUCCUCCCCAGAGACCUUGCAUGUCAGUAGACAUCCGGGUCUGAAGAACGCCCCUGGUCUGUUGGGUGUAUGCACUUUACCAAGUUGACUUGAAAUUAACCUAAUUAUGUAUCUGUGUUUUGAGAUGCACACAUCCUCAAACAAGACCUUAACUCCUCUAAAAUCAAACUCUCUGGCCAAGGCAUUGUGUUCUUGGUUGUGGAUCCUGAGGCACUAUAGUGUAAAAGUUUGAGGAAGAAGUAUGAAAGAUUUGAUGCCAGGCAUGAAUGGCAUGCACUUUGCAUGCAUGUGAUUUAGCCAACACCUGUUUUAUGAUCUUAUCUUGCAGCCAGUUUAGAAAAUAUUUGAAUUAUGUCCUUGUUUUGUCAUUUGUCGAGAGGAUGUGGGCUGUCUAUCAAAUGAUUUGAGGAAGUUUUAAUGUAAAAAUAAAGUGUCUGCUGCAGAAUCUUGA